AUGGGUGGGCUGAUCCAGGCUGGUGUUUACAACGAGUCAAAGCUAUUCUACUCUGAUAACUUGAUCACCUCUGUCGACUACCGAUCAUUUGAUACGCCGUGGCUGUAUAGGGAGGAAUUCUCCCUGGAACCGACCGAUGACCAACAUUACUUUUUACAGACGAAUGGAAUUUCGUCCCGGGCGGACAUUUACCUCAAUGGAGAACUCGUCGCGUCCAAGGACACCCAAAUCGGAGCAUACGGUGGUUGGAAAUAUGAUGUGACGAACCAUGUGAAAACAGGGCCCAAUUGUCUACUUAUCCGCGCUCACCAAACGAAUUACCUCCGGGACUUGGCUGCCGGAUUUAUUGAUUGGAACCCGUAUCCGCCAGAUAACGGAACUGGCAUCUGGAGAAACGUUGAGUUUUUGCAGACUGGGCCGGUGUCGAUUUGUUCACCUCGCAUCGUCACCAAUUUUGUGCAUCCCGGGGUAAAAUUCGUUAAAGUUACUGUCAAGGUGGAGGUACAGAAUCAUCAGCCUGAGAAAGUGCGCGGGCAGAUAAUAGGUUCCGUGGCCGAGGAAGACGGGGGGAGAAAGAUACCGUUGGUCGAACCCUUUUAUCUUGACCCGAAUGAAAAGAAAACGAUAUCGAUCAUUAUUGAUAUUGACCAUCCGAAGAUUUGGUGGCCUGCACUCUGGGGUGAGCAACCGCUGUAUAGCGUCAAGCUUCAAGUGAAGGUUGGGGACAAAAUCUCGGAUGUUGCGGAAGAACGCAAGUUCGGUAUUCGGCAUGUUGCAUCUCAUGUCAAUUCAAAUGAUGCUCUGGAAUUCAAAGUGAAUGGACAAUAUUUUCUUGUCAUGGGCGCUGGCUACACUUCGGACAUAUUCUUGCGAUUCGACGCCAAUAAGCUCGAAACUCAGUUCCAAUACAUGCUGGAUAUGGGCCUUAACACUGUUCGUCUUGAAGGGAAACUUGAACAUCCGGAACUUUACGAGAUCGCUGAUCGAAUGGGCAUGAUGAUCAUGGCAGGCUGGGAAUGUUGCAACAAAUGGGAAGGAUGGACCUACAAUAACGAGGGCUUCGGUGAGGUUUGGAAGGAUGAAGAUUAUUACACAGCGAAUGUCUCAAUGCUCCAUGAGGCUGCCAUGAUGCAAAAUCAUCCAAGCAUUUUGGCAUUUCUUGUUGGCUCGGACUUUUGGCCUGACGAUAGAGCAACUAAAAUCUAUGUUGAUGCAAUGAAACGCAUGGAUUGGCCUAAUCCUAUCAUAUCCUCGGCGGCUAAGCGCGGAUUCCCAAAGCUUCUCGGUCCCUCUGGCAUGAAAAUGGCCGGCCCUUAUGACUGGGUACCUCCGAACUACUGGUAUGGAGGUCAGCUUGGUGCUGCCUUUGGAUUUGGGUCGGAGCUAGGUCCUGGAGUCGGUACACCUGAACUUGAAAGUCUGACGAAAUUCCUUUCGAAAGAUGAUUUGGAAGAUCUAUGGACCAAACCAAAUCAAAAUUUAUUCCAUAUGUCCAAAGCUGGCUCUCAAUUCCAAAACCGCACCAUCUAUAAUAACGCUCUAUAUGCUCGAUAUGGUAAACCGAAAAAUAUUGAUGACUACUUGCUUAAAGCACAAAUCAUGGAUUAUGAAGCUACUCGCUCCGAAUUCGAAGGAUUUGCUGCUGCUAAAAGUGCAGAAAAUCGUUCGACAGGCCUCAUCUACUGGAUGUUAAACGGCGCCUGGCCAAGUCUCCAUUGGCAGCUUUUCGACUACUACCUGCACAAGUCUGCUUCCUAUUACGGAGCUAGAGUCGGCACUCGGCCAGAGCACGUUUCAUACAACUACCAUGAAUCGUCUGUCUAUCUUAUCAACCACUCACUCACAGGACAAGGCAAAAGAACCAUAAUUUUGGAUCUUAUUGACGUUAACGGCACAAACCUUUCACACAAAGAGAUUCAGACAGAUACAAUGCCAAACUCUGCGAAACGGGUGACCGGAGUGCCUGAGAGGAAUGAGCUUAAAGAUGUUGCGUUUAUGAGGCUUCUACUAAUACAAGCUGAUUCAGGUGCAAUACUUAGCCGCAACGUCUACUGGUUGGCAAGGGAAGACGAUACUCUUGAUUGGGGUGAUUCCAGCUGGUACCAUACUCCCGUGUCAAAGUACUCUGACUUCACUAGCCUUGAAAACCUGUCUCGCACCGCUAUUAGGGCGGGAUUUGAAGCAGGCACAGGUCAACUUUGGCUAGAGAAUGAGACUGGUUUUCCUGCAUUCUUUGUGCGAUUUAACCUGGUAGAUCAAAGCACGGGCGAGAUUGUCACUCCAGUCUACUGGUCGGAUAAUUAUAUCACUUUGUGGCCGAAGGAGAAAAUAGAACAAUCUGUCAGCUACAACAGGACGCAAUAUCCCAAUGUUGAGGUUAAAAUCUCCGGGUACAAUGUUUUGAGCUUUUCUAUACUUCCUAGAUAA